CCGUACAGACCGUAUAUACGUAUGCAUAUCGUACAACUGUAUAUACGUAUGCAUACCGUACAGACCAUAUAUAUGUAUGUAUACCGUACAUACCGUAUAUACGUCCGUAUAUCAAGCAUAUACGAGAUCCAAAAAUAUUUGUAAGAGGUAAGGUUCGAACUCCCGACCUCGAACACGAAGGUUUUGCUCCCAACCACUGAAGCAAGAGCUGCCUUCAUUAAUAUAUGCUCACGUGUUAUAUUUAUUAUGUCAUAAGCGACAUAAAUAAAAUAACAGGGAAGGCAAGGUUCGAAACCUCAACCUGCCGCACGAAACCUUUUUCCCCCAACCACUGGAGCACAAGCUGUGCUUAAUAUAAUGUGUACAAAUGUUAUACUUAUUAUGUCAUAAGCGAACAUAAUAAAAAUAAACGAGAGGCAAGGUUCGAACCUCUGACCUCUUGUACAAGAGCCUUGCUCUUCAACCACUAGAGCACCAGCUGCUCUCGUUACUAUCCAUGCAACUUCUUUUAUUUAUUCUAUCAUAAGCGAUAGAAUAACAACAAACUGUCGGUACACUCCACGUGCCACGACACGUCUCUUCCGUGAUUUACGGAAAGCAAAUCACUUUCGGCUAAAGCUGUCUGCCACAGCGUCUCGAGGUUCGGCCUGUCCCCUUACACGCUCUCCACGCGCCAACAACUUUUCCGGGUUUUCGGAUGACUUUAAUCCAACGCGUAGAUUGAAUCUCAGAGAUCGUCCAUCCAACGGUGGAGAUCUGCUCACCUCGUUCUAUAAAUAGGUGCAUCCUGGAGAAAAACUGUUCACACCAAAGAAAAGAAAUUUUCCCCAGCCAUUCUCUCUCAAACUCUGCAGUCUUCCUCUCGAAACUCAAAUCCUUUCUUCAUCAAUUUCAAUCCUUCUCUUCUGAUCUUCUCUCCCAUUUGAAGAUUCGAUUUCAUCUUUCCUCUGAGAAUCUCAGAUCUCCAAUCACCAGUUCAACAACUCCAAUCCUUCUAACAAAAUCUCCCUCAAACACUAAACCAUGUAUUCCUCGAUAUUCACAUCCUCUCACCUCAUGACCCAAGAGCCACGAACUCUGCAACUAAUGGAGCUCCAAACCCCGCAACAAAUGGAACCACAACAACAGCAACCAACAGAGGAGGGAGGAAACACCCAAGCAGCUGGAAGUAGUGCCAACAUGGAUUUCUGGCGAAGCCGUACCAGAUGGAUUCCUACUCCAGAACAAAUAAGAAUCCUCAAGGAUCUUUACUACGUCAAGGGAUUUAAGUGCCCAUCUACAGAGCACAUUCACGAGAUCUGCCUCCAGCUGAACCAGUAUGGACAUGUUGAGGGUAAGAACAUUUACUUUUGGUUCCAGAACGUCAGGGCUCGAGAGAAGCAGAUGAAUAGGUGUAAUCAGGCUGCUCCAGUGCCCAUGGGAACUAGUUCUCUUGGUACUGGUGGAUCCAUCGAUCUCAAUUUUGGGUCCACUGGUUCUACUGGUGCUGGUGGAUCCAUCGACAUCAAUUUUGGGCCAGCUGGUGGAUCCAUCGACAUCAAUUUUGGGUCCACUAGUUCUACUGAUGAUGGUAGAUCCAUUGAUCUCAACUUUGGUUCCACCUAUUCUACUGGAGGACAAACAUCCCUACAACAACGAGGAGGAGAUCACCAGGAGGUUCAAACUCUUCCUCUGUUCCCCGUGCACGGCGAGGACGUCUUUGGUAACCUGAAGACUACUUCCGAGGAAGGUAGCGCAUUUGGUUACUAUUCUGGUGGCUCAGGCGGUUACCACAGUGGCUCAAACGUUUCUCUUGAGCUCAGCCUCAACCCAUCCGGAGCUGCUGACUAGGCUUAGUAUAGAAUAGUCCUCGUUUCCCUUUUUGUAAUAUAAAAUCAAUAAGAUUGUGUGCAUGUUUUCUUUUCUUUUUGUUUAACCAACAACAACACCAAGGAUCGAACCUUGGUCACUCAAUACUCUUUUCAAAACCAUCGAGAACUCUGCUGCACACAUCUUUCAUAAUGAUGCAAUAAAACAAUCACUCAAAACCUAGCAAUCAAUUAAGUCACACAGAGGUCAAGCUAGUAUCCUCUGAGUCAAACCAAACACAAUAAUUUCGUCGCUAGAAUUAGGGAUUAAUAAAGCUAAACACUUCCUGAGUUAGUUAGGAAAAACCCACAUCUUUAGAGUUACACUUACAACUCUAAAAAAAAUCUCGAUCAUUCCAUCUAUCAAUUGCUUCAACAAGCAAUAUGUACCAUCUUAGCAUCCACUAAUCGAUACUGGUACAACACUCAGUAUCUCACCCACGAAUCACCUCACUGCUCAUUUGGUGGUAAGUCAACAUCUAGUGGUCAAAAUUCUGUGAUUAUAGCACUUCACACUAACCACGUCAUAAUCCAUAAUCUGUCCUCACAACAGUAUCUGGCCUCAUAAAUUAGUUAUACAACCCUAGCACUCCUAGAGUUGAAAACAACGUUAUUACCUAAGCUCAUACAUCAACACAAUGUCUCUUCACAGUCAAUCCUAUCACGAGGUCAUAUCAAUCUUUCCAUAAGUCAACCAUACACAAAAUCCAUCAUAGUAACAACGAAUUAUGCAUCACUACUCAACAAUAGUCAGUGAAGCAGCACUCCACAAUAAUUUCCAAUACCAUCCGCAGACCUCAAACCACACCCCGACAUUUAGCUAAUAUAUAGUAGCUAUCCUAAACACCAAACAACUGAGCAUGAAUGAAUGCUCCAUUAUAACACAAUUCCAUCACUAAGCAACCAAUAACUGCUAAGUAUUCUUCAACUCAAAACAUCUGCAUAUCCAACUAAUGGAAAGUAUCACAACUACUAGUCAAAUACUCGUAACGACUUUAGAUACAAGCAUUGGUCAAACACCAUGACCCCAACAACCAACGACUACAAUGCACAUAAGGAUACUGUUUUUCGUGGAAACCAUCCUCAAUAACUCCACCAGAGUUUAAU